GCUGACAAAAAGCCGCGGCGAGUAACGCGUCGGGCCGGACGCGUAAGGAUCUGAGUUUUUUCGUCGACGUGUGAAUUCGAUCGGCGGCCGCGAUCGGCGAGCCGCGACGUCACCAUAGCCAGUGUCAUCGUGAAAUAAGCUGCGGAGAAUCGUCACGUGUGCGGACGUUGACGUCGGAGCGGCAGCGAGGGAUGCGAUUUCCCGUGUUCGCGAGUGAUCGCCGCGGCAGCACGGCUGCCGCGACCACGUAGUCUUGCGUGCACGCACGCGGACAGAACAGUACAGUCGUCAGUGCAUCGUCAUCAUCGUCGUCGUUGUCGUCGUUGUCGUCUUCGUCGCCGUUGCUCCGUGCGUGCGAACCAACCGACUACCGAGAAUGCCGGUGUGAAGUGAAGAACCAAGCGUUGCGAAAAAAAAAAGAACGCAUCCGCGAUCCUUGCAUGUCGUAAAUUUUACCUAUCACCCCCGAGGAAUCACGCAGAAACAAGACCGUGCAGGGUGCUUGAAGUAGCUACUUGAAAAUCAUGCUUUCUCCUAUUCUGAGUUCUACAUUCUUCGCAAAUUUCUAAUACAAUCAGCUAUAAUUUUCUCCGCAUGUUUAGCACUAAUUGUGUUAAAUAGAUGUUGAGAGUACAAACCGAGAAUUGUCAAGAAUAGACAUAAUUACCGAGGAAGAAAUAUCGCCUUAGGAUGUUGAAGUCUGAUAAUAUACAGUUUAUAGGAUCAACAAAAUAGAAGUUAAUCGGCUGUUUUAGUAUUUCCGUUCGUAUUCCAUUACAAUUUUAUUAUCACGAGCGUAAAACGUGUCGCGCCUCGGUGCGUGAGUUUACUGAUUCCGGACGACGUUAAUUGCGAGGUAAAUUUGUUCAAGCAAAACCACGCGAGUAAGUUCUCAUUUUCCAAUGAUUAAUUUUCAACACGACGAAGGUGCCGAUUUCUUAUUUUUAGUUCGGUUUAAAACGUUGAAAUGAAACAUGGAGAGAAAAAGAGAAUGAAAGAUAUUCAUACUGUGGAAAGAAUAUACGUCCGCAAGGACGAUAGCGGUGCACGGCCAGGACAAACAAAGAAUGAAGGGAAUGAAACGCGCACGCACAUGGACGAAAUGGAAGGAAACACGAGAGAGGAGAGACGGAGGAAGAGAAAGAGAAAAAAAGAGAGGAGAUGAGAGACGGACAGAAGAAAGGAGAGGCAAAGCUACUCGGCAAACUUGAGAAACGAGAAUCGCACCGGUCUGCCGAACUUCUCGUAGUUUGUUUGGACGGCAAAAUGGCACAAAUGGAGCAGCAAUUACCGCUUCCAAUGCCAGAUUUAAGUACUCUUCGUAUAACCACAGCCGUCUCCAUGCUCGGCAAAGCGUAUGGAUGUGGCCAAUGUAACGCCCCCCCACCUGGACCCUCAACUAGUGGCGGUUCUGUUGGGACAGCGGGAGUAGCGGCAAGUAGUGUCGCAGCUCCCAGCAAUAUGGGGCUUGUUCCCGCACAACAGGCACACACUCCUCCUCAACCUACAGAACUGCCAAUGUUUACGUGCCCUCGAAGACCAAACAUAGGACGAGAAGGUAGACCGAUCGGUUUGAGAGCCAAUCAUUUUCAAAUUAGUAUGCCACGUGGCUAUGUACAUCACUACGACAUUAGCAUACAGCCUGAUAAAUGUCCUCGGAAAGUUAAUAGGGAAAUUGUAGAAACGAUGGUUCAUGCAUAUACUAAAAUAUUUCAAUCUCGUAAGCCUGUGUUUGAUGGCAGAAAUAACUUGUACACAAGGGACCCCUUGCCUAUCGGGCAUGAUAAAGUAGAAUUAGAGGUCACACUGCCUGGUGAGGGAAAAGACAGAGUUUUCCGAGUGGUUAUAAAAUGGUUGGCACAGGUCUCACUAUUCGCUUUAGAAGAGGCUUUAGAAGGGCGAACUAGACAAAUUCCAUAUGAUGCUGUUCUCGCUUUAGACGUUGUAAUGAGGCAUUUACCAUCUAUGACAUACACUCCAGUAGGUAGAUCGUUCUUUAGUACGCCAGAGGGAUAUUACCAUCCGUUAGGUGGAGGCAGGGAAGUAUGGUUUGGAUUCCAUCAAUCCGUGAGACCGUCGCAAUGGAAAAUGAUGUUGAAUAUCGAUGUCUCUGCCACUGCUUUUUACAAAGCGCAGCCAGUUAUAGAAUUUAUGUGUGAAGUGUUGGAUAUUCGAGAUAUCAAUGAACAGAGGAAACCGCUCACGGAUUCUCAAAGAGUGAAAUUUACCAAAGAAAUCAAGGGUCUCAAGAUUGAAAUAACUCACUGCGGAGCUAUGAAACGAAAGUAUAGAGUGUGCAAUGUUACACGCAAACCAGCUCAAAUGCAAUCAUUUCCAUUGCAACUGGAAAAUGGACAGACAGUUGAGUGUACAGUUGCCAAAUACUUCUUAGAUAAGUACAAAAUGAAACUACGCCACCCACAUCUUCCCUGCUUGCAAGUCGGCCAAGAACAUAAACAUACAUAUUUGCCACUUGAGGUUUGCAAUAUUGUUGCCGGACAACGCUGCAUUAAAAAGCUAACCGAUAUGCAGACCUCGACUAUGAUCAAAGCUACAGCGCGUUCCGCACCAGAUCGCGAACGGGAAAUAAACAAUCUAGUUAGAAGGGCCGACUUUAACAAUGAUUCUUAUGUACAAGAAUUCGGAUUGACUAUAUCGAAUAGUAUGAUGGAAGUCAGGGGUCGUGUACUACCUCCGCCCAAACUGCAGUAUGGAGGGCGCGUAAGUUCCCUCAGCGGACAGACGAAGCAACAGGCGAUGCCUAAUCAAGGAGUGUGGGAUAUGCGUGGCAAGCAGUUCUUCACUGGUGUGGAGAUUAGAGUGUGGGCGAUCGCUUGUUUUGCGCCCCAGAGAACAGUACGUGAGGAUGCGUUACGUUCAUUCACGACGCAAUUACAGAAAAUUAGUAAUGAUGCCGGUAUGCCCAUCAUUGGACAACCGUGCUUUUGUAAAUAUGCUACUGGACCAGAUCAAGUCGAACCCAUGUUUCGAUACUUGAAAUCGACUUUCUCACAGUUGCAGCUAGUUUGUGUUGUACUACCAGGCAAAACUCCCGUAUAUGCUGAAGUGAAAAGAGUAGGAGACACAUUAUUGGGCAUGGCGACUCAAUGUGUACAAGCGAAAAACGUCAAUAAGACAUCGCCGCAAACAUUAUCCAAUCUUUGUCUUAAAAUAAAUGUCAAAUUAGGAGGCAUCAAUAGCAUUCUAGUACCUAGCAUAAGACCCAAAGUGUUUAACGAGCCGGUUAUAUUUCUUGGAGCUGACGUGACACACCCACCGGCGGGUGACAACAAGAAACCCAGCAUAGCUGCUGUAGUGGGCAGUAUGGAUGCCCAUCCAUCUCGAUAUGCAGCAACUGUUAGGGUUCAACAACAUAGACAAGAGAUUAUUCAGGAACUCAGUUCGAUGGUUAGGGAAUUGCUUAUAAUGUUUUACAAGAGUACAGGCGGUUAUAAGCCUCAUAGAAUAAUUCUAUAUCGCGACGGCGUCUCCGAAGGCCAGUUUCUCACAGUUCUGCAGCACGAAUUGACUGCCAUUCGUGAGGCAUGUCUCAAGCUCGAGAUCGAUUACAGACCCGGCAUAACGUUCAUCGUGGUACAAAAAAGACAUCACACGCGUCUGUUCUGUGCGGACAAGAAGGAACAAAGCGGGAAAAGCGGAAAUAUUCCGGCGGGCACGACUGUUGAUGUAUGCAUAACUCAUCCGACGGAAUUCGACUUUUAUCUCUGCAGUCACCAGGGUAUCCAGGGUACAUCAAGACCGUCGCAUUAUCAUGUUCUCUGGGAUGAUAAUCACUUUGAAAGUGACGAGUUACAGUGUCUCACAUACCAAUUGUGUCACACUUACGUCAGAUGCACGAGAUCCGUUAGUAUACCAGCGCCUGCGUAUUACGCUCAUCUCGUAGCGUUCCGAGCUAGAUAUCAUCUAGUCGAGAAAGAGCACGAUAGCGGAGAAGGAUCUCAUCAGUCGGGUUGCAGUGAGGAUAGGACGCCAGGUGCGAUGGCACGGGCGAUCACAGUUCAUGCCGACACGAAACGGGUUAUGUACUUCGCAUAAUUCUUUUUUCAUGUUGACUUGAACCGCCAACGACAUUCGAACCGACGUUGUUAUCCCUAUGAAGAAACGACUGUAUAUAAUUGCGACUCCGUGAUACAGAUGUGAGAAGCUUUAUCAGAAAGAGAGGAUCGCAUCACGUUGCGUCACAAAUUCUUGGACAAUUUAACAGUUAGGACAGUUUGACCGAUCAAUUCUCUUGCGUACCUUUCUCCUAUCUCUUUCCUCUUUUUUUUCUUUUUCGUCACCUUCCUUUUUUUUAAUUUUAAGUCUAUACGACAGUUUUUUUUUUUGUAUGCGUGGCACUGUAUGUUUUAUUUACGUCUGUAUAGAAAAUGCGAAUUUUCGAUUGAUUUUAUGAACUUGUAGAGUAAGUUUUUACAAGAGGUGCUUUAAUGCAGUUUACAAAUCAGAUUAAGGAUGUUUUGCACGUUUGGCUAGGAAAGUCGUCUGCGGUCAAAGUUGGAAAGUAAACAAGUUUUUUUUCUCUGUAAAAAUUAUGCUUGGUAAGAUCAUGGAGAGAAUAGAGAUUUCUCUCACAUUAACAAAUUAGAUGUGGAUUUCUGUUGUAUUACUGGGAUACAAUAGCACUUUUUGACUUAGCGAUCACUCAGUGAAAUGUGUAGCAUAUUACGCUUAUUUUUUAGGGAGCGAAUUUUCCCUAGCAUUUGUAUGAAAAAAAGAGACAAAGAAACAAAACGACCUGGACAAAGAAAGAAAACUUUAAUUAUAUAAAUCGCUAUUUGCGAGACUGUUAUCUUGUUGCAUGUAUGUAUAGCUUUCAUUUUGCGAGGAGUGAAACUCCAUUCUUGUAAAUUCUGUAAAUUUUAGACUUCUAAUCAUGCUGAAGUGAUUGGCAUAAAAAGUAAUAUCAGUUAAAUAGUGGUUGUAAUAUCUUUAGGAUCGCGAAUCAUGUCACGUCAUAUCCGUUAUAUUUCAAUGCCGGGAAAAUAACGUCGAGAAGUAAGGCUAUCUUUUAUAUAACGCACUUUUAACCUGUCUUUGAAAAUUUCACGAGAUAAUUGAGGUAUUCUUGAAAACCAACUGGAUGGAACAACACCAAUUCACAUGUACACUUCGGCUGAGCGCAGCAUAAUAGAUAAAAACAUAAUCUUGGUACAUAAAGACAGCUGUAUGUAAUAGAAAUUAGUCGAGGAGUGUUAUGUAGAGCACGCGUGUUAUUUAUAUGACUUCCAAUAUGAUUUAAUGGCUAGUGUCUAUUUGAGAGAAAUACUAUCAUGGAUCACUUCUAUUUGACUAAUCAAUACGACGUAUCAUAUAGAAAGAUACUAGAAUUUCUUAUUCUUAUAUUACUUAUUCUUAUACUACUCUCUUCAAUUUUUGAGAGUUCCCAGAUAGACACUAAGCUUUAGGAUUCGAAUUUAGCAUAGAUAAUUAAAUUAACUGUCGUUAUUUUACUGUUACUAAUCGUUAGGAUGUACAUUUUUAUUCGUCUCAUUUUAGUUUCUUAUUAGACCGUUAUCGUCUGCACGUUGCACAGCUCAUAAUCUAUGCUUUACGCCGACUAUUAAUGGCACACUGGAACUAGGAUACAACCUUGCCGAAGUAACUUUAUCUGUGUUAAAUACCCCUUUAAACUAUUAGGUGGUGACCCUAGUGGUUGGAAAUCUAUUAAGAAAAAGAAAGAUCUGUGUUAAAUAUGUUACACGAGAAUGCCGGGGAUGAAAGUAAACGGAUAUCCGUGUCUGGUGUCCGAGAUAAGCCGGGAUGUUAUCUACUUGUCAGAUAAAAGAUGGCUAUGAAUUAAAUCGAAUUCACGUGGCGUUAGAAGACGAGGCCUUCGUCAGACGAUGAAAUAAUUACGAGAUACAAAUGUACCCAACGUAUCAAUGUAAUCGUAAAAUUAUCCUCCAAACGUCAAAGCUUAAUCAAUCGUAGCGUUAAUUAAUGCUCUAGCAGUAAAGUGUAAGAUUAGUUGUAGGAGUAUUAUAUAAGAAUAAGAUUUUUUUAUUAGUUUUAAAGAGGAGUAAUUGUUUUUGCUUGAUAAUGCCAAACUUUAGAAGUUUUUCUAUUUUUAUUCUAAUAAUCGCGACUGUUGUGCAAAUCUAUGUCUGUUGGCACAAUAAUUCUAGUAAUACUAAGCAAGCCUUAGCAACAUAUGUACCCAAGCCUAUGGAUAGGAUCGUAUAUUAAUAGAAUUCUUGUUCUUCUAUUAACAUACGAAUAGAAAUCAUACGAAUGAAACACGUAUGAAUAGGAAUCAUACUAAUAUAGAUAAUUAUGUAUCAUUGUCACGUUAAAUUAUUGUGUAUUAUUAGAAUCAUUAAUAUAUCAAGAUCUCUUUUUUUUUCUUAUAAUUAUGUUAGCGCUCGUAUAGGAAUCGAAUUCCUACAUUACAAUCUGUCACGAUCCACAUCUCAGCAAAUCAGUAUUAAUAAUAACAAUGCUUAUACUGGGAGAUAGAAUAUUCUUGGAAAAUUGGUUUUUCGAAUCAACGGGGCAAAAAAGCGGAAAUGCUAUUUUUGACUGUAUUAAUGAUUCUAAUGUUAGGUUUACAAAAAAAGAAUACAAUGUUAAUCUAUACCGGAACUAUAUCGGAAAGUAUGGAAAGCGGACCCCUAAAUCUAUUAGUAAUAUUUAUUCUAGUUGUUAAAGCGAAUGACACGGUAAUUAAUAAUGAUCUCUUUUCGGCGCACUCACAUACGAGCAUUUGCGCUGUAUAGGAGAUAUAACGGACUAUAUAACGAACUUUUAUUGUCUACAAAAUCUGUUUGGAAACGACCGUAGUUGGGAGAGCUUAGUCAAGGCAACUCAUUAAACGGAUGAAGCGACAUAUAUCUAUCACAUAGAAAUAAGAAAAAUACACUCAAAAAGAAAAGAUUAUUAUUCGCGUUGUUGAUGCAUCUUAUGCGAAUGAAACGCCAAUAUAUAAUAUAUUAUGGUUCAUCAUCUUAUAUAAUUGUAAUCGAAAGUGAUAUGAGCCGCUAUACAGAUUAUAAGGACGACUAUAUGAUCUAUAGAUUUUAAGAUGAAUCAUGAAAGAAUAAGUUAGCCGUCGCCGUAAUAUAAUCGAUAAUAUUCCAGUGAAUACCAAAACGAGACUGGGUCUGUCGCAAGAUUUAAUUGACUCCAAGUUUCAGUCGAGUGCGUUAAUAGCGCAGAACGAGCCAUUCGUCGACUCGAAGCAACAUUUCCGUCAGCUUGCAUUCAAUGUUCUAACAUUUGACAAGUAUUUAUAUUUGUUUGAAUAAUUAACAACGUGAUAAACUCCCGAAUGCGGGGGUAUUGGACGUUAUUAAUGCACUCUUCUCUCUAUGACAUUCUUCAUAUAUGUACUUCUGUGUUUUUAUCUUCUCGCGUUUCCGCGUGAUCGAAAACUCUCGCCCGAUGUUUUUCUGCGUCUGAACGCAAUGAACAAAAAGAAAGAGGAUUAGUAGGAGACUAGUCCUUUUCAUUUGUAAAUAUAUUACCGUAAUUUAUUUUGUAGAUCUCCUUUUCGGCAAAAUAAUACAAGACAACAAACAAGACACUACUGGAAUUUUAUAGACAGAAUUUUAUGAUAGUAAAAUGCGAGAUUAAUGAGAUAACGUAUUAUUGCGCAAGGUGUUUCACAAUUUUUUUUUCUUAGUGGGGCAGAUCGCUCGAAUAUUAUAAGGUCGAUCUUUUCUUUUAACAGAUGUUUUAAUUAGGCCAUUAGGCGUCGCAAUUUUAUAACUCGAUGUUUUCAAUUGCGCUCUUCUGCCAAACGUAAGAGAGAUAUUUUUAUUUAUUUACGCUUUUACAGUCUGAUCUGCUACAGAUCUUUAGCUUUCGAUGUUCAGAAAGCUCCAUAAGCCUUAGCGAAAGCUAGUGAAAAAAAGUCAAGAUUUGUGCUAAAAAAUUCGCAAUUUGCCACGAUUGAUAUCGAGCCUUUUAAACUCGUGUGUAAAAAAAACUCAUGUGAAACCAAAGCGGUAAAAUGAAGAUCGUUAGAUUUCUAGAAGAGAAGCUUCAUAUAGAGCGCCCAAUUACAAGAUACACGAAGUUUAGUGAGAUAAACGAGAAUAAUAAGAUAAGUGAUAUUCACGAUUGGAUGGGCCUCUAGAUACAUGGUCCGCCUUGCUGUUUGCACGUUCAGCGCGAGACACAAUCGUGUGUCGCGAUAAUUUAUAUUUGUACAUCUACAUAUACAUACAUAUAUAUACACACACAUACACAUAUAUUAUAUAUAUACACACACACACAUACAUAAAUUAUAGUAUAAUUAUUGUACUUUGUAAAAAUCUACAUGUCGUCUUAUUGCACAGUAAAAUAGUAAGCUAUCUUGUCUCAAAAAAUCUGGUGCAUCUACCUUUGAGAUCUCGGUCUCCCAAACUCAAACUCAUGCGAAAUAUAAAAAUGAAAUGAACACGUAUAAACAGUGUAUAAAUAGCAAUUAAAUGAAUCGACGAUUGCUCGAUAUUACGCAAAAAUUCAAAAUUUUUUAUUACCGCGAGAUGUAAAUCUGUUAAGUUACUUUACGUCUCAUGCGUGUGCGUGUAAAUUUUUUCUAAUGUAAAAAAAUUGUAAAAAAAACUUAUACGAUGUAUUGAGACGUGAAUAGACUGAAUACAUGGAAAGUGUUCUCUUUACAAAGAUUUUUGUUUUGUUUGGGGGACGUUCACAGAUCGAGAAUAAGAGAUAUAUCGAAAUUCUUCAAGCUCGUUCAAUUUUAGCUCCGAAACGUGUCUUUAGCGUCUUAAGAAUUGUACUACAUUAUAAGAUCGUUACUACUUAAGGCAUGUGCAAAAGUGCAGGUUUCAAAGUGUCAGCUUUAAGAGUGCUAGCGGAUCAAUAGUGGCGUUUCACGAUAGCGAACGUGACGACAGGGAGCGAUAUUACCGUUAGAUAUACACACAUACACACACACACACAUAUAUAUAUAUACACAUAUAUAGCCUUUAGGAGCUCUAGUUUUGUCUUCUAAUUUCUAAGUGUAUACUGUCACUGUGUACAUACGCAUACCGUAUGAGUAUGUUAUACGGAUAGGUGUCACUUCGAGGAAGAAGACUUUGCGAGUCUCGCGAGAGAAAAGCAAGACAGAAUAAGAACGACGACGUAGUAGUUUACCAUUGUAAAAUGUAACGCUUUAUAGACCACGGUCGUGACGAUAAAGGAACGAUUUUGGUCGAAUUUCGAGCGUCUCAAUUCAGCGGCCGCACGCUUUUCUUCUGUCUCGGACUUUUUCUUUUGUUCGACGUUAAAUUGACACUUUUAAUUAUGAAAAGAGGAACGAUUCGCACUACACGUUUAUAUUUAUUUUUGUUGAUCGAUUUUCCGCAAGUAGUUGGUAUAGCGUUUUCUUUUGUUUCUAAGCGAGCAAAAAUAGGAAUGGACGAUAGAUCUCGUAUGCUCUUGUCGAGAAUAUAAUAGGUGGCAUUUUAAUAAGAUUCCGAUGAAUUCAAUUCCAUAUACGGAUAUUUUCAUUGUGAUUGCAUCGAUAUUUGUUAAUCCACGACUGCAUCACAUUCACAAUUUGAAACUUCAGUAUAGCGAAAGUAUACCUGGAGCUCUAUGUUGAGAAAUAAGAUUUUUUUUUUAUCACAGAGAUGUGCAAAUUAUUCGUAUAACUCUGUUAAAAAAAAAAAAUAAACACAUCUAGAGAUAAGUUUUUCCGAGUCAAAAAAUAUUUGAAUCAAAGAAAUUUGUAUUGUAUAGUUAAAGGAGUUUCUUUGAUUUGAAAAAUUUUUGGGUUUCUUUUAUUAGAAUCAAAGAAAUAGUUUAAUUGUGUAACGCAAAUCUUUUUUUUAUGAAAGAAAUGUUUUUAAAAAACCAGAACAAGCAAAUUAUUUCUUACAUUUCUGUCAAAUUCUAUUAAUUUCUUUGAAUUAAAAAAUUAUUUGUUUAAAUUGAAGAAAAAAAGUUAAUAAUGUCAUUUCUUGAAAUCAAAUAAAUUUUUAUUUUCCUCGAAGGUAUUUUGACUUCAAAUUAAAAAAAAAACCAAGUUAAAGAAACGAUUUUAUCAAUUUAUACUUUUCUCUGGAUGUAGGUUUACAAAGCGAGCUAUUCGAAAAGUUCGAAUAUAGAAUUCUCUAAUACAUAUAUAUUGAUGAAUCACGUAUACAUCUUGUUUUUUUAUAUUGAUACACUUAUAUUUAAAAUGAUUAUUAUAUAAUUAUUUUUUCUCACAUAGAUUUUUUUAUUAUCUAAAUAAAAUUCUAUCUGACAGUCAUGUUGUUUAUUAAAAGUUAUGUUUCAAAAAAAAUCCUGAUUCGCACAUCUCUAUUUUAUUGUCAAGUGAAAUAUACAAUAAGCAAGUUUUAAAGAAACUGUCGAAAGUAUCAUUCUUCAUUAAAGAGACUUGGCGCUUCUUUUUCACCUAGCGUCACAUACUUUUAUCACAUUGUAUUACAUAGGGCUGUGUGUUCUGAUAUAUUUCAAAUUAUCUAUUACAGAUAUUGCCAGUAUUAAGAUCAAAAUAUUCGUAACUUUUUUAUAAUCGCGCUGAAAUUGUUUCCAUAAAUAUUCAGCUUCUUGAAAGUAUCUUCUGAUAGCACAAAGUGAAUUUCAGAAAUAAACAUUUGCUUCUAUAGAUAGAUACGCAAUAUCGUGGAUUAACAUCAUUAUAUUCCGACAUUCGACAUCCAAGUCGGAUGAUUAAUAUCUCGUUGCUCUUCUUCGAGCUGAAAGUAAAUGAGCGCGGAAAAGAGCAAGAAAUGUGACCUAUUAUAUCUAAUCGGGACAAGAUCGAAAAAUGUAGUCAUGUGGAAUUGUAUUUAUAAACAUUAACGAAAGAUAACUGAAGUUUUCGCAAGGCAAAAAGAGGCGGAAGAUUAGUUAAAAGACUCGGUCCAGCCGAUAUAGUCUAGAUGCACAUUCUUUUAAAUUUAAAGAUUUGAAAAAUCAAAUAUAAUUGUGUACAAUUGUGAGAUUAAAAAAAUUUUAAUUAAUAUAAUUCAGUAAAUGUGAUUCUUUUAAUGCGAGGAUAAUUUUUUGCAUUAAGAGAAUCUUUUAAAGAGAAUGCCAUUUAAAUUGAUCUCUUUGCAAUUCUUGGGCCUUUCGAGUGAACCGGAUUUAGUCGUUGCACCCAACACGCUCAGUGUUAAAUUUCGUUAAUGUUUAUAAUUACGAUUCAUUCAAAGAACACGAUAUCAGCACACUAAGGAGCAAUAUCCCACCGUUAUAAAGAGAAAACUCAUACAUAUAGACUUUUGUGUAUCUACAAGUGCCUGGCGCUUCGUCCGCGCGUAUUUGACGUCUGCAAAUAACAAUGUUGAACCAGAAUAACAAUAUCGAAAUUCUAAAAGAGAGAAUUAGAGCGAGAGAGAGAGAAAGAGAGAGCGAAAGAGAGAGAGAGAGAUAGAAAGAGAGCAAGAAGAGAUAUAGGUGAUUGUAGAUAAGUAUCGAGAAGCUGUCGAUAAUAAUUAAUUAAUUAAAUCCAGACUCGUCUAAGUCUAGAUGGAUAGAUACUUGUUAAGGAGCGAGCGGGGAUGCUACGAAAAUAGCGAAAGUCGGCAAGUUUUCCCAAUUGACCGCGCCCUGAAAGUAUAAACUUAAAUUAUAUCUGUUGGAAACAUUCAUCAUGCCUCAUCAAAAUGGUAGUAAUUAUUAGGUGUAAGGUAUAUAUACAUAUAUAAUAUACAUAUAUGUAUAUAUAUAUAUGUAUAAAAAUAAAUAUAUAUAUAUAUUGUGUACGAAAUAUAUGACAUAUAUUUAUGAAUGUCGGACGAGUAAGUUUUAAAUAAUUAUCAACCUGAAUAAUGUGUGUCGUACAUGAUCAUUGGAUUCAUUAUUGGACUGAUUUCGCGGUCUUAAAGCACGCGCCAUGCACACAAUACAUGUAUAGCGUCAGUAUGAUUAAAUAUCGGUAAUGAUAGUCCGCACUGAGAGAAAAAAUUCCUAAAUUUUAAUAAACAUUUGAAUACUUGCGAUGAAAAUUUUUAUUAAAUGUAAAUAAAUAUUUGUUUAGUACAAGAAUCACCAAUGUGAUUUUAGUUAUCAUUUUUUUAUUGAAUAAAUAUUUAUGUACCGUAAAUAAAUAUUUCAUUGCAAGUAUUUAAAUAAAUUUUUUUUUCUCGGUGCACACGUAAAAAGGUGUUUAUGACAACGCGAAAAUCGGAGCGAGACGGAAAAUCGGAGCAGACAGCGCGUUGCGAGCCCUUCUAUAUAUCGUAUUAAAUGAAUUAAUUAUGGAAUAUUUGUUAUUGAGCAAUGCGAACGAAAGGGGUAGACAAUAGUCAGAAGUGGUUACUGUUUGCUUAAAUGAUCGUUGAUCGUCUCGGACAAUAAUUUUGUUCUGAAUUGCAUGCUGCGAACUUCCUUCGAGCUCGAGGUCUUUAAAGGGGGUUUCACUAAAAAUCCUUAAAUUCAAUAAAUUGACCUUCCCAAAAUAGAAUUAAAAUUUAGCAUUAAUAUACAUGUAAUAAAUAUAAAUAUAAAAGGAAGAAGUUUUAUAUAAAUCGUAUUUUUUAAAGAGACUAAUUAUUUUAUCCUGAAAUCCUGAAGUUGUACAGAUUAGAGGCACGGAGUUAAGUAACACGCGCUAAUUCGUUUACAUUGCUCGAUAUCUGACGCUACAUAGUCAGCCGGCUAAACAAAGAACACCACUGCAACCACAAGAAAAACUGCGCAUCUUUAUAAAUUAUAAUGUAAGCCUCCGGUGUUCUGAAUCUACGAUCGUUGAUCGAGCAAUGCAGGUGUGUCGCGAAAUGUCCAUUUUCUCGCUUAAGGACUGAAAUAAUUGUGACAAUUGCAUCCUUUGAUUGAAAUUGCGCGAUAUCAAUUUCUGAUCUAAUAUUUCAAUCUGGGUAACCAAGCUUUAUUUCCAAAUUUACCUCGAAUUUAAAUUUGUAAGAUAUUUAAUUUUAUUGUUACAUUUGUCGUGUUUCUACGUGAAAAUUAAGAUCAAUAAAUUAAUAUCAUAUAUUUCUAUGAAUUUCUCGCGAUAUUGUCUAUCACUGUAUAAUUGUAUUUGGUAUAAUAUACAAUUAUAAUAAUUGUAAUUAUAAUAUAUAAUGGAUUAUAUAAAGAAUAUAAUUAUAACAUAAUUAUUACUAUAAUCAUAUCCAUGAUCUUAAUUUAUUAUCUUAAAAAAAUUUAUGCGAGCAAUUUAGAACUCGUAUAUUCCUUACAUCAAAUGCAUUUUAUCCUACCUACGUCUUUCAAACGAUCAGAUUUUUAUAUCGUUAAAAACUUGAAAACAAUGCAAUUGUUGAAUUUUGGUUUCCGUUGUAUUUAAUAUGUUUCAGCUUUUCUCUGCAAUUUUAGAAAAUAUUCGACUGUCACAUUUGUGCCUCCUUUAUUGUACUUGCUAAUUACAUCUGCAUUACAAGUCGGUCGACGAUCAGUUCAUCUGAAAAUGCAAUAGAGAAUUGGAUAAUCAAUCACAUCUGUGAUUUCUAUUUGGAUUGGAAGAUAGGCGAGUGCUGAUACAAUACGACGACGAAUGAAAAUUUUGACGACGAAAUAAUUAUACACAUACGUUGAUAUAUAACAGUGCAUGAAUUUACUUAUUAAUAACUUUAUAUAUAUACAUGACACUAAUAUCUACAAGAUCAAGGAAUCGGGAAUUGUACGAACAGAAAUUCGCUCGGUGUAAAAACUGAGCGGAUCAUUUCGUGUAUAUAACAGGACUCGUUAAUCGAAGUUCAAAGUAAAAGGCAGUGUAAAGGUCUGAUAAAGGGCUUUUAAGACUUCGUGUAGAAUUUUAAGGGAAGUUGCGUUAUAUAUAAGACAAUAUUUUGUGUAACACAGGCGUUGACGGGCUUUCCGAAUCGUUUCUCUCUGUAAAGUGGCUCUUGAAUCAUCAAUAUUCCUUGUCGAUACACUUGUUCUAUUAAACUUGUAUCACUCAUACGACUCCAUCUGUUUCUUUAACUCGCACAUUCUUUAAGUAAACUUCAAAGUAUAUAUUACUGAUAAGAAUUUUUGACAUACUUUACAACUAAAUAUAGUAAUAAUUGAAAAUAUACUAAGGUAUAUAUAUUAUUUAAAGUAUAUAUUUGCAAUUUAAAAGAGAAAGUCUUGUAAAUAUCUAUUAUUUCUUACGUAAAAGUUUAAUAUUGAAUGACGUUUUUUUCUGAUUUUAAUAUUUAAGAAAUUUACAAAAAUUUAAUAGAAUUAGAAAAUACUUUUAAAUAACAUUAAAAAUUAAUAUUUAAUAUUCUCAGUUUACAUGAUUUUCGAAAUCAUGAAAGAAGACUUGCACAAAUGUUUAAAAAAUAUUUCCAAAUUAUCUAUGACGUUCUAACGCGCAGGAGAUAUCUUCGAUCAAUUAAAUUUUAUUUUAUUUACCGCGGAAGAGAUUCUAGCUGAUGCUCGCAGGAAUCGGUGGCGAGGGCUUUAUUUUGAAAGUACAGAACUCUGCUGCGACAACGUCAGUGAUAAUCGGAGUAUCGAUAAUAAAUAUUGAUCGUUUCAUAGAGCGCUGAUAAAAGUGAUACAACGCUUAAUUGUUCCGCAAACGCAAACGUGAUUCGUGAUGAGAAAUCCGAAAGUGGCGGCGGUCGACGAGCGAGAUACCUUCGUCGGACGAAUGCGCGACUCGACUUCGCGCCUUGUCGAUCUGCGUUUAACAUCAUCGUAACGAGAAAAGAGAGGAAAAUCGUAUUAAUUAUAGCGAGAGGAUCCACGCAAUAGUACAUUCUCGACAACUUGGGCACCAGGCUCGGUCAGCGAGUUAACUCCGCUUGACUAAACCUUCUUUUGCCGUAGUCGAAUCCUGUUGUGCAUUAUAGUUGUGGCUGUAUAAUCUAACUAAAACAAAAGGCAAAUUGUUAACCGGAGUUAACACGGACCGUCGACCCUUUCGAGUUAACUUUCACGCGUACCAUGGAGAUAAUUCGCAAAUAAGAAAAAAAAACGAUUACGCGCGCUUGAUAUUGCGACGAAAAAUACAUGCGAAUUGAACGGAGCAAAAAAUUUUGUAAAUUAUUUUGGAAAUGUAAAUGUUAUAGCACACAAUUGUUCCCACACUCACGUUGACUUGCCUGAUUCAACUGGAAAAAGAAAGGUGUGCCAUUCAUAUACAUAUAUAUAAUUUUAAAUACGAUUCUUGAAUGUGUGUAAUCAAAAGCAUCACUGAGAGUUGGAGGGGAGUGGAAAAAAGGAAUUCGAUUCACUGGUACACGUUGAAGAAGAUAUGCAAGAUAUCAUAAUUCUGUAAUUUGUACGGCAAGCCAGCUCAAAAAGGAAAACAUACGCAUAAUUAUUUAUUUAUAUAUAUAUAUAUAUAUAUAUAUAUAUAUAUAUAUAUAUAUAUAUAUAUAUAUAUAUAUAUAUAACAUUGCGACAUUUAGUUGUAGCGAUGACAAGUUUUCAUCGCGGUUUUCAAGAAUGUUACAUUGUACAUAAAUUAUUUACGUAUAUAAAUACAUAUAUAAAUAUAUACACACACACACACACACAUACACACUCUCAUAGCAACUUAAGCCCCACAUUGAAUAAUACCUCGACUGACUUUGUCCCUUGAACAUUAUGUGUAUCUUUAAUAUAAUGCAAACAAUUCCAUGUCCGUCAUAAAUUAUUGAAUAAAUCGAACGUUUCUCUCCGUGCUCGGCAUAUCGCUCUAAAUCUAUUGUGAGGAAGUAAUAAGAGAAUAGCGGUUCAGAGUAGAAUGCAGAAUACGGAGACUCGUCCGUAAUGUUGUAUCGCAGUGUACGGGUUUAAUCUUACUUUAAGUCUUUUUCGGGUCUUAAUUAUGUAUAGAUUUUCUAGCCAUAAAUAAAAAAUUAGUCACGUAAGAUUUAUUAUGGGUGGUAUAGAUUUAACGAGAUCUAAAUAAACUUCGAAAAAAUCUA